AAAUUAAGUGGCUUUGGCAAGAGACGACCAUUUGAAGAAGAAGAAGAAGAAGAAGCGUGAUCAAAUUUCUACAUUACAAAGAUGGAGAAAGGUGGUGUUCCAACGAUAGAUCUGCAAGAUUUUCCAGGGCAGUUUGAGCGGCUAAGGAAAGCAUGCGAGGAGUUGGGUUGUUUCAGAAUUGUGAACCACAAUAUACCCUUACCUCUAAUGUCGGAAAUGAAGAACGUAGUGAGAUCUCUGCUAGACCUUCCCAUGGAAAUCAAGAAGCGCAACACAGAUGUAAUAUCAGGCAGCGGCUAUAUGGCACCCUCUCAGGUCAAUCCUCUUUACGAGGCCUUGGGCCUUUUUGACAUGGGCUCCUCCCAAGCUGUGGAUACCUUCUGCUCCCAGUUGGAUGCCUCUCCUCAUCACAGAGAGGUCAUAGAAAUGUAUGCAAAAGCAAUUUAUGAGCUGGCCAUGGAUUUAGCUAAAAAAUUGGCUCAAAGCAUGGGAUUGAUGAGAAGCGAUUUGUUUGAGGGAUGGCCUUGCCAAUUUAGGAUCAACAAGUACAACUUCACUCCUGAAGCUGUAGGUUCCCUUGGAGUUCAGAUACACACAGAUUCUGGAUUCUUAACUAUACUUCAAGAUGAUGAAAAUGUUGGUGGACUUGAAGUUAUGGAUAAAUCUGGUGCUUUUGUGGCUGUGGAUCCGGAGCCUGGCACCCUUCUUGUCAAUCUUGGAGAUAUUGCUACGGUGUGGAGCAAUGGAAGGCUGCGUACUGUGAAGCAUCGAGUACAAUGCAAAGAAGCAACAAUGCGGAUUUCAAUUGCGACAUUCUUGUUGGGACCAAAAGGGACAGCACUGGAAGCUCCGGCAGAAUUUGUGGACUCCGAACACCCACGUCUCUACACCGCUUUCACUUUUGAAGAUUAUAGAAAGCUCCGACUAUCCACAAAAUUGCAUUCUGGAGAAGCUCUUGAACUCGUACGCAUCCAGCCAUCAAAUUAAUAAAAUAAGCGUGGGACUUGCUAAUUCAACAUAGGGACGUGCUUAAUCCUCUAAAAAGUAUUGCAUCUGGUUUGUUGUUUCCAACGGAAUGCAUCCAAACUCUAAUGGCUUGACUGUUCAGUCUCAAUUUCAAUAUAAAUUCGGUA